GACCGAGCUGAUGGGUAUGGAAUACUGGACGACUGUCCCUGGCCGCCACCCUAUAAACAUACUUGCCUGGACCUGGCCAAUCAGGAGUUUACUUUUACCGACCUACUUGACAUGGGUGUACGGGGCAUGGAAAUUGACCCUUGGUGGUGUUUUGGCAAGAUGCUAAUGAGCCAUGAUGAUGGCAAGCCUUAUCGUGGAUGUGCGCCCUGGGACAGAACAUUUGAGGACGGCAUAAAAGAAAUAGGUGAAUGGGUACACAAACCAGAAAACAUGCACGAGAUUGUGCGCUUGUACUUUGAAGAUGGGGCUACCCACACCUUUGGCCAUGAUGACUUAAUAAAUGGCCCCAUCGCAGAGUAUCUAGGUAACAGAGUACUCACACCCAAUGAAUCUGCAAAGUACUUCCCAGGAAGAUGGCCAACAACAAGAGAAUUGCGGAAACUUAAAAAGAGCGUUGUCAUAGCUGCAGGUGGUGACAAUCAUGGUGGGGAAUUUAUCUUUGACUUAUACUGGAAUGGGCUGACAAGGAAUGAAUUUGUCAGUCAUGCUAACUGUUCAGCAAUCAAACAAAACACAUCAUCAAGAGUCUACUGUGACAGCACAGAAUAUAUCUUUUUUUGGGAUGGCCCAAAAGAAACCGGUGUUAUUCUUGAUUUUUCCCAGUUUAUGAAGUGUGGGGUGACAUAUCCUGCCGCGGAUCAAGUCAAUCCUGUAUUACUGGCUACUGCCGUAUUCACAUGGGCUGAAGGUGAACCUUCCAAGGCUCUAACACCACAGUCAUGUGUGUUCUUAAAUGGCAAGACAGAGCGGUGGUAUGUAGGCGACUGUCAACAGGCUCACCCAUUUGCCUGUCAGUCUACUAUGACAGCCAAUGACUGGGUGAUAAGUAACACUACAGGAGUGUACACUAAAGCGGUUUGUCCAGAUGGCUAUGAGUUUAGCAUUCCUCACAAUGGCCUAGAACAUCAGACAUUAGUUAAUGUCAUGGAUGGCAAAGAUACAUGGAUAAACAUUACCCCUUACAUUCAUUUGCUGGCAUGA